UUGAUUUACUGCCGCUCAUUCUUACCCCAUUUUUUUUUUGCUUGUGGGUGUUCAUGGACACAAAACAAUCAUCACUUUUUUGUUUUUCAGGUUUCCGGAUGUGACCUGAAGGAAGUGUGCUCAAAGCUGAUCCCAGAUUCGAUAGGCAAAGACAUCGAAAAGGCAUGCCAUGGAUUGUACCCUCUCCAAGACGUGUACAUCCGUAAGGUGAAGAUCCUGAAGAAGCCUCGCCUUGACAUUGGCCGCCUCAUGGAAAUGCACGGAGACUCUGUCACUGUUGGCGCAGACGGUGAGAAGGUUGAUCGUCCCGACGACUAUGAACCUCCAAUUCAAGAAACCGUCUAA